CGGUGUGCCUCACUUCACCGGUGGAGCAGAGGAGCUCAGCUUUGCGCAGAGCAUGUAGCCGAAACUACAUCAGACUGACUGUGGUGCUGAAGUUUUUGUCCGUUUUGGAUGUGAAGUGAUUUCUUCUUCGGGAGAAACAUUAACAACAUUUAGAGCUGCUCUUCGACACUCAACUUGUUCGGAGCUAAAUGACAAGUAGGCAGCGAAACAGAAGCACUCAGUGAUACUCGGGGCACGAUGGAGAGCAAGGGAUUACUUCGCUGUAAGAUUGUGGUGGUCGGCGAUGCGCAGUGUGGCAAGACGGCUCUCCUUCACGUUUUCGCCAAAGACUCGUACCCGGAGAAUUAUGUUCCCACGGUGUUUGAGAAUUACACAGCCAGCUUCGAGAUCGACAAACAGAGGAUCGAGCUCAACAUGUGGGACACUUCAGGUUCAGCCUACUACGACAAUGUGCGACCAUUAGCUUAUCCUGACUCAGACGCUGUACUCAUCUGCUUUGACAUCAGCCGUCCGGAAACACUGGACAGCGUGCUGAAAAAGUGGCAGGGUGAGACGCAGGAGUUCUGUCCCAAUGCCAAAGUGGUGCUGGUCGGCUGCAAGUUGGACAUGAGGACGGACCUCAAUGUCAUGAGAGAGCUUUCCAAACACAGACUCAUUCCUGUCACCCACGAACAGGGCUCUAAUUUGGCGAAGCAGAUCGGUGCUGUGGCCUACGCAGAGUGCACCUCAAAGUAUUCAGAAAACAGCGUCCGUGAUGUUUUCCACAUCACCACCCUGUCAUCAGUGUCCCGCAUCCAUCGGCCUCAGCUCAAACGUGCUGGCUCACGUCGCGGCCUCAAGCGGGUCUCCCAGCAGCCGCCCCGGACUGAGAUUCAUGAGCACCCACCUGCCAUUAGAAAGGACCGGGCUAAAAGCUGCGUGCUCAUGUAGGACCAGAGUCUACCAGCAAUCUGACCCGUGUGUGCUGAUGGACAUGAAACCAUGCUGCACAUGAACUUAAUUUAUUGGUGAAUUCUUGUCAGAUCUUUGCACUGCAUAAAGGACAAUAUGAUGAAAACGAGAACAAAUGCUGUCCUGUGGAGUUUUUUGAGGAAUUGUUUGUCCAUCUUUAGCAAAACUCUCCUUGUUAUUUUUCUCUGUGACCAUGUUUUCAUGGAGAGUUCAUCAGGGGAGAUCAUUGUUGUGGCUAUUGUAGCUAUUUUUCUUUAACGCUUUUACUUGAACAAGCAGACAAAAAUGGUAAUGGACACAAAGGCUGGUUAACAAAUGAAACACAAACACAGAAAAAAGUGAGUAUGGAUAUUAAAGGAGAAAAUAAUCAUUUGAAAGAUCACCUUGCAGUAACAGUGCUGGCCUUGGCCUCUAUUAUGUUGUUUCCUGUUUUGAAAUGCUAUUCUCUCUUUAAGUGUUUAAGUAAAUGAAGCACAAUACGAUGCACGCUGUUCCAAGUCAUUUGUAAAUGCCAGGGAAUGACCUCUGCUGUUCCACUUCAUAUGACAAGUUGAAAAGAAAAUCUGGACAGACAAAAAAAAAAAAACUCGUGGGCUGAGAUGACACUAAUUUUCUUAAACCACAAGUGCUUUUAAUAUUGAAAACUGAAUAAUCACUCACCACAUAAUACUGAAGUGUUGUGAAAUUAAUAUUGUUCUAAUAAUCCUCACUGGGAAGGAAACUCACGGAGGGAAUAAAGGGGGGGACUGUUAUGUUGUACAUGUGAUAAUGAAAUAAAAAAACUUGCUCUGCUGAGUGUUGAAACAUC